AUGCGCCGUCGACGCCCGUUCGCGCGCGCGUCGUCUCGCUUCGUCGCGUGCGUCGCGCUCGCGCUCGCGUGUUGGUCGAGUCGUUGCGAAAGCACCUCGGCGAAAGACGCCGACGCCGCCGCGCGCGCGCUUCGCGAUGAACUCUCGACGCUGCGACAUGCGCUUCAAGAGGCGAAAGAGGCGUCGACGGCGCUCGGGAAGGCGGUGCACGGCGCGGAGCGGGCGUUGAAGAGGAUGGGCGGAUUGGUGAAGACGCCGGGCGUCGCGGCGACGGACGAGACGCGAUGCGACGCCGGAGGUCCGACGAAGGACGACGAGAUGAGUUUCGACGGUGAUUCGAAGCGCGUGGCGUCGAGCUCGAUGCCCGUGUCGGGCGAAUUGACGCUGGAGGAAAUACGUCGCGCGGCGGAGGAACACGUGCGCGCGGCGCUCGCGGGGGAAUCGAAACGCUCGAAGACGUUUUCAGACGCGUUCGAUCGUGUGUCCGCGGCGCGGGUGAGUACCAAGGUGACUGCGGUGCACGUGCUCCCUUUUAGAAACGGGAAGGCGCGUAAGGCGAGAUAUUACGCAACGGGCGACGAAUUCGGGCGAAUCGUGGUGCGGAGAACUGAGACGGGCGACGCCGAGUGCGAAGUACAGACGAACACCUCGGCGAGCGUGCGAUCGAUGACGGCGUAUUUAUUGGCUCUGAACACAACGGUGUUGGUCACCGGGCACGACGACGGCACGGUUGCGUUCACGAAGAUUGAACAAGAAGUCGUCGAAAACGUCGGCCCGGACGCGGACGCGUUUCCAACAGAUUACACCUUGCGAGCGUCUUCACUCGCCGCGAUGACGGUGCGGGAAGCGAAUGCGAAGUAUAGAGUGAAACUUCGGGAGCUCGGUAAAACGUCUCGGGCGUCGUCAUCGUCGUCUGGGGCGUUAGAACACGUGGAGGAGAGCUUUCCGGUCGAGGCGUUGGGAAUGUAUCGCAUCAUGGGUAAGCGAUACGUCACGGCGGCGGACACUGACGGUCGCGUCGUCGUUUUCCUGCCCUCGCUGGGUAAUUUUGCGAACGUCCACGGCGUGUUCUCCGCCGGUUCCAAGGUUUUCGCGUUUCGUCCGUACAACAAAGCCGUCGUCGCGCUCACUCGACGAGGCGUCGCGUACGCCGACAUCAACGCGUUUACGACCAAAUCGUAUGCGUGCGAUGGUUUAAUGCGCUACGACAUCGCCAGCGCCACGUUUGAUCCACGAAUGAGCUCGAGAUUGACGGGUAUCACGACCGAAGGUCACGUGAUCUCGGGUUUCGUCGCCCUGGAUGGGCCGAGGACCGGGUGUGUUAUUUACAGCGGCGCAGAGACACACGAGUCUCGAGUAUCCGUCACCACGAUCGCCGCCCUCAGAGGCUAUGUCGUCGUCGCCAUGAAUGCUGGAUUGGAGAUUUUAAACAUCACCAACACGAAGAUAGCUAAGCGCGUGCUGCACUCGAGCAAUCGUUGGCAGCUUGCGGACGAAGGCGUGACGCCGACGACGGCGGGCGAGUACGCGCCGGUGAUCGCGUCCGACGGCGAAAGCCAAAUAGUCAUCAGCCACCCCGACGAAGGUGCAGUGUUUGUGUACGAAAGUGCGAUGUACGUCGCCGCCCCGGCCAGUUUACUCGGCGAAAAUCCUUGGUUUCAGCCGCUGGCGGUGAUGAUCGCCCUCGGCGUCGGCAUAUGGAGCUAUCGGCGGCAAAAGAUGUCGUUCACGCCAGAAGCCAGAAGCUCGUCCCACAACGAAACUAUGGAAGCGCUGCGAAAGUUAGGUUACGGGCAAGACAUGGCGCGCGCGCGCGCGCUCGUGUCCGGCGAGACGCGACCGGGCUACGAGCCGUGGACGCCGGCGACGAUUCGUAAGGAAGUCGAGGCGGCUCGACUGAACGGCGAUUUGUGA